AUGGCCGAAGAACGUCAGGAGGGACAAGGACAGCGUCAAUCCCUGACGACGGCAAAAACAUACUUCACAAAAAUGGCCAACUUGGUCAAGGAGACGGUGAAGAAAGCUGAGUUGAUUUUGGCCGAGCAGCCAGAACCACGGCGCAUUAUUAUGCUCAAAAACCUAAACAAGAAGCUGAUAACGCAACUUGUCGACGUUUAUGGUUUCAAGGAAACGAUCGAACUCAAGGUUGAAGCGUCCGCCGUAUUGAAAGCGGACAAGGCGAACAGCAUAAAGUUGAUUGAAGAGCACUGCGGAAAGCUGAAAUUCGCAGAGUUGCAGGAAAAGGUGGCGGCGGUGAUCGAGAAGGCGGAGCGGGCGAUCGCGGCCACUCCGAUUCCGGAAGGCGAGGAGACGCCAGAAGGAGAAGAAAGAGGCCAGUCGGAGACGGAGAGCAGUAAUGAGGCUCAGCUCACGAUCGGACAGGCUCAAAGGCGUAGAGUCGGCGAAAGUAACGGAGAGACAGAGGAGUUGAACGCCCAAACCGGUCGUGGCAGGAUCGGGGAUCAGGGUGAUCAGGUCUCGGAGGAAGCCAGGAGAAGAUUGCAGGCGGCGAGAUUGGCUCCAGAGACUCCGGAACUGACCCGGCAGAUGAGCCAACAGUUGCCCGCUUAUAAAAAGGGGUAG